CCCUGCAAACCUGCGAAGUGUCAUGUUCGGGAGUGAGGAGAAAAAACUCGCUGAGGCAGUGCGUGUGAAUCAGCGAAGAAAAACAGAAGCACCCGAAAAAAGGUGCAAAAAACCUGCUUAUCAUCGCUGAUACGCGACUGGACGACGCAACAAAAGGCGUUUGUGUGAAGUGUUUUCCAGAAUAUCCUCGUCGGAAAAGUAAAGAUUGUUCCAGCGAAAAGGCAGCUCAUCGAGGAAAUCCAUCAUAUCUUUGCUCGGCGCAAUAGAAGGACGGGGGCCCGUGCAGGCCAGGAGCAGCGCGAUUGUUUUCUUUGUGCUCAACGGGUGCGAUCGUAGAAGGCGUUGUUGCUGCCCUGCCAGGGGUGCAUCUUUUCCUGUGGUUUUAAUUCCCGGAGUACUGCCAUUUCCAGUGCAAUAUCAGUUCAGCUCAGAAGUGUGCGCGUGUGUGUGUGCGCGAGUGUAUAUGCGUUCAGUUUAAGUAGUUACGGUAAUGUGAACCCCCCAUUGCCAGCGAGUGCGAGUUCUUUGUUUACAAAAUUGCUCCCCCGUCCUCCCGUUUCGGACAGUGGGCAUGUUCGCCAUAACCCCUUGUCCGUGGGGCGUGCUUCCAUGCUGACAAAGGUAUACUGUUACCCAGUGAAAUAGCUCCUGCUACCUGCAGGUCUGUGCGUCUCGUCAACCGGAAGUGGCGUGAAGGAUUUCCGUUUGGAACUGUUGCGUAGUAGAAAUAUCAAAUCCCCACCAUCGUCACCCGUCACCCGUUUCCUAGUGCGACCAACACAAACUUACGUACGGUGCUACAACGCUCCCUGUCUCUCUUUCGCUGUUUCGUACGCGAUUUGUCUAAUUGACGUAUGCGCGCACGCUCGCUCUCGCUCUUUCAUACUCUCUCUCUCUCUCUCCGUCCGUCUAAUGCUCGAGCAAGGCUUUACAGUGAGCACAGAGUAGGAGCAGCCUCUUGACCAGCCAAGGUCACGAAGCGACACUCCGCUAGCGCACAGGCAGCGCAGGCACGGCAGGCAGGCAGGCAGGCAGGCAUAGCUCUGCAUGUUUACGUUUACGCGAUUGCUGGCGAUGGUGAGGAAGCCUUCUGGUUUCCCCGUGAACAGUGUGUGUUAGUGUGCGUGUGUGAAUUUUCUUGCCAAAAGUAACCCCCAAUAGGGAAGAGGGUUCACCCAAGGCCACUUGGGAGGGAGGGAAAACUCAGCGAUCCUUCCCAUCCAUCAUCAGCGACAGCGCCCAGCACAGGGAGAAAGUGUCACUACACACACAGAUACAAUCCACACGUGCCCCACCUGGAGCAUCUAGCGCGGGGAACCUUCUUUUCUUCGACGUUUUCUUGAAGGAGCGAAUGGUUUGAAACGCUGGGGACAACAACAGCACAGCAACUGCAACCAUGAUGCAAGCGGAGGACUCCGAGAGCCUUUCGUGGAUCAGUGAUAAGCCACCAACGACGGAUGGAACGCUCGCAGUGCAGCCGCCGGAUGUGGUGUCCGGUCCGUUCACAUCGCUUACCCUCGACAUGACCGACACGGACGACAUCGACGAUCGGCGAUCGCCGGCCAUGCACGGGGCGGGCGGACCCACCGAUACUACCGGCACCAAGAAGGAGCGCAGCUUCCUGCUAAUGGACGAGCAGGAGCGGAUAUGCGUGCGCUCCGCCGAACAGUUCUGCAAGCGGCUGUCCGUAUCGCCCGACGCUAAGCUGAAGGUCGUGUCCAUAUUCGGCAACACGGGCGACGGCAAAUCGCACACGAUGAAUCACGCCCUGUUCGGCGGUCGGGACGUGUUUAAAACCUCCUCCGAGCAGGCGUCCUGCACGAUGGGCAUCUGGGCGGCGUACCAGCGGCAAAAGAACGUCCUCGCGCUCGACACCGAGGGGCUGCUGGGUGAAACGGUGAACGAAAACCGCCAGAUGCGCAUGCUGCUCAAAGUGCUGGCCAUCUCCGACAUCAUCAUCUAUCGCACGCGCGCCGAACGGUUGCGCACGGACAUGUACAAGUUUCUCGGCACGGCAUCGAAAGCGUUCACAAAGUACUUUUCCGGUGCGCUGCAGGCGCUCGAUCUGCCCGGUCCGCCCCAGGCGCUCGGGCCCGCCGUCAUCAUCUUCCACGAAACGCACAACACGGAGGUGCUGAAGGAGGACGAGGAUGGGAAGAAGGAGGAGGACAUACUGCGCGAACGGUUCGCCAAGCUGCGGCUCGAGCUGAGCGCGUUCAGCUCGCUGCGGUACGUGGGCGUGCGCACCUCGAAACCGCCGACCAACUACGAACCGCUGCGCAUGGUGUGGGAGAAGGAGGUGCGCAACACGGCCGUCCGUUCGCCCCGGUUGCCGCGGGUCGUGUUCGAGGCGCUGCUCGCGCUGAACAACAAGUUCAACGGCGAGCUGAGCCCGCUGCCGUUCCAUGCCUUCCCGGAGCAGUACUUUACCUGCACGACGUACUGCAAGUCGUGCGACGCCCGCUGCCAGCUGUCGAUGGGCCACCUGGAGCUGAAGGAGGACCACCGGUGCGGCAGCAGCAGCUGCAAGUACCAGCAUCAGCACGAGAACAAGGUGUACCUGUGCAACCGGUGCUACGUGAACGGGCGCCAGGUGGUGGUCAGUAUUAAGACGCAAAAGUCGAACGACUCGUCCUGGAUGGGGCUAGCGCUGUACGCGUGGAGCGGCUCCGUCAUCGAGUGUCCGCACUGCGGGGAGAUCUACCGCUCGCGGCAACACUGGUACGGGAACAAGCCGCCGGAGCAGAACGCAGUACGGACGGAAAUUGUGCACGUCUGGAACGAUGGCGGGCUGCAGCUGCAGGGCCCGACCCAUUCGGCUCAGCUCGUGCUGGACGGGGUAGCUUACAUCACCGAUGCCAUGGCCAGCGUUGGCUCACAGCCGACGAAGCUGGUCAAAUCGUGGGUAACGGACAAAAUACGGCCCGCGUACUGGCGCCCGGACAGUGAAAUUAUUCACUGCAAAGGAUGCAUCAGCAACUUCGAGCGCUUGGGUCUGAAGAAGCAUCACUGUCGCAGCUGUGGCGAAGGGUUCUGCAACCAUUGCUCCAAGCACGAGAUGGCCGUACCGAGCCGCGGCUGGAACUAUCCGGUGCGCGUGUGCAACAGCUGCUGGAACGACGGCCGAAACGGUGGCACCGUGGGCACGGAAGGGCUGGCUGGUCCGGGGGCAGCCGUGAAUGGAAUGACAUCGAACGGGAACCACCAUCCUCACCACCGCCAUCACUCGCCGGAACAAACGCACCGGAAUGCAGAGCGGGAAGAACUUGCUGAGCAAGCGCUUACUGAUGAGGCUGACCUCCUCGUGCCGUCUUCUUCUGCAGGCAAUAAUGGUAUCGACGAGGCGAACAACGUGCUGGUGCGGCGCUACGGCGAGGCAGUCAUCAACACGAUCAGCAACAUUGGCGCCGUGCUGGAGUACCCGAAAGAUUUUAUCAAGGAAUCGGCCCGCCCAUCCUACUGGGUGCCGGAUGCGGAGGCACCGAACUGCUACAUCUGCGAGCUGCUGUUCGGUUCGCCGGAAGAGCUGAACGCGCUGGCAGCACUUGCCAACCAACCUGCCGCCCCAGCAUCAGUAGUAGCGCCCCAUGCCUCCGGAACAUCGACACCGGCGACAGCAGCGUCGCCUGCCAAGCGGGCUGAGAGCAGCGGUGCCGCCGACCCGGUGGCCCGUUCGGGCGGUGGAACCCAGCGCUCCUCGGGCGGUGGCGCAUCCGUUCCCCCGAAGGCUGGCGUUGCUGGUGUGCCGCCGGCCCAACGUUUAUCUGCCGGCUCGGCGUCGUACCGUUCAGCGAUCGAUCGCCGGAGGCACCACUGCCGGGCGUGUGGCAAUGCGGUCUGUGCCGGCUGCUCGCAGAACCGUCGGCCCGUACCGAAACGGGGAUGGCUGAGUGAUGUGCGCGUUUGCAACAGCUGCUACACGGCGGAAGAUUAGGCGCGUUCCUAGGGGGAGCACGCUACCAGUAGUUUGUAAGAUUUCCAUCAGAGACUCGUUUCCAAUCCCCAACCCCACAGACCAGUUCUCGCGGAUCGUUGACACCCAGCGUUUAGCAAAUUAUUAGUACAAUUUGUAGCUUGCUUUCCGUUGUAGGGCUAGCGUGAAUGUGGCUGUAUGUGAAACCUUCCUGGAUAAAUCCUUCCUUC